GCGUUAUCAUCUCCAAGGAAUGCAGAGAGUCUGGAAAAACACUCUUUGAAAGAAAACAUGCUCUCAGAGGGACAUUGUGUCUAACAGUCAAAAAAUACAAUCCCUUAGAUGAAAGUUAACCCUACAGACACAAGAAAUAGUCACAAGCAAUUUUCUUUAGAAAGUAGAAGAGAAUACCCUCCAAGAGAGGCUUUCUUUCUCUGAGAGCGGGUUUUCUUUUAGACAGUUUGUUUCCCAGACAUUUCUCAUCCUUUGGAGAUAUCAACGCUUUGUGUUCAGUACGAUCUGUGCUGAACAGAUGUCUCCUCUUCCCUAAUCACCUCUGUUUGGAGUUUUCUGCUUAUCGUAAAGGCAAGCUCAGAGAGAGAGAGCUGGAGCCAGCUCCAAACCAGCAAGAGUUUUGACUCUUGUGAAGUUUCAUAACAGCAUUAAAAUUAGACCUUGGAAAGUUACAGAAGACGCAUAAGAUCUAUGGGAAAAUAUAGACAUAUGGAUGUAAGUGGGGAAUCUAUUCUGUAACAGCUCUUGCCUGGCUGCAUGGGAUGGAUGGAGAUCAGUCCCUCGGGUGCCCAGGCCUGAGGAAGGAUGCUGCUUUUCAAAACUCCAAAAUGAGUCUCCCCGAGAGUUUAUUUGCUGUCAUUUUCAGUAUCAAGGGGGGCUGCCUGCCGGGGGGGCUGCCUGCUGCAGCCACUCCAGCCGCUCGGCUCCCCAACACAGGGACGAGGGCACAAGGGGCCAUAGGGACAGGGUCUGGGGACAGGGGUACAUGGGGUGGGUCAGCUGGCCAGGGGGCUGGAGACACGAGGACAGGGCCAGAGGGCUGGGGACAUGGGGACACGGGGGUGGGGAUAGGGGGGCUGUUGCUGUUCAGCCCCAGCGGGUCACGAAGCACCACCCAGCCGCUCGCUCACUGCCUCUCGGGGGAUGCAAAGAUCGGGGUGGGGGGAUGGCGUCUGAUCUGUUUUUACCGCAGCAGCGUCCGGGGGUGAAACUUCCCUCUCCUCCCAACUGGCACCGGCACCGGUGUUAGACCCCAAUUCGGCACCUCCUUUGCGGAAGAAGCCGGGGAGGGCUCUGCCAUCCCAGUCCCCUUGUCCCGGAGAAGCUCUGCAUCCCCGGCAGGCGCGGAUCUCAGCGUUCCCUGGGCAGGAGGGAUCCCACCCCGCAGCCCGGCAGGGACUGCAGCCCCCAGACCCUCUGCGGGCAGCCCGGCAGGAGAUCCGGGUGGAGAUUGACUCUCGGAAUAACGACACCGAGCGCAGAGUUAGGUGCAGAUGGCGGGGCCGUUCGAGGAGGUGGCCGUCUGCUUCUCCCGCCAGGAGUGGGCAGAGCUGGCGGGCUGGCAGCGGCGGCUCUACCGGGAGGUGAUGCUGGACACCUACGGAAUGCUCGCCUCGCUGGGUUGCGCUGCCAUCAAGCCUGAGAUCAUCUGCAGGCUGGAGCGAGGAGAGACGCCGUAUGUGCCAGACCCUCCCGGGGCACAGAAGAGGCACCGCAGCCCUGUGCCAGGCGGGUCCCAGGCAUCCAUUGUAGCUGUGUGGAGUUCCUCCAGCAGGGGUUUGGGGGUCUCUUCCCAAGAUGAACCAAGCAGGAGCUCGGAAGGCCCAGAAGAGCACCCUCACCCUCCUCUUGGCCUGGCCCCCCAGCCACUGGAGAAGACCCCCCUCACAUGCCCUGAAAGCAAUAAGAGCUUCAGGAGCCGGAGUGCCGCCCACAAGCAGAUCCACACGGGUGAGCGCCCCUUCACCUGCACCGACUGCAGUAAGAGCUUCAGCUGGAAGAUCGACCUCAUCAGACACCAGCGCAUCCACACAGGCGAGCGCCCAUUUCACUGUGCUGACUGUGGAAAGAGCUUCCGACUGAAGCAACUGCUGAUCAUCCACCAGCACACCCACACUGGUGAGCGCCCCUUCAUCUGCAUGGAGUGUGGCAAGAGCUUCAGCUGGAAGCAACACCUGACCAAGCACCAGCGCAUCCACACAAAUGAGCGUCCCUUCUCCUGUACCAGCUGUGGCAAGAGCUUCAAAGACAAGAGUAACCGGACCAAACACCAGCGCAUCCACACUGGUGAGCGCCCCUUCAUCUGCAUGGAGUGUGGCAAGAGCUUCACCCAGAAGAACAACCUCAUCAGACACCACCGCAUCCACACAGGUGAGCGCCCGUUCACCUGCACCGAGUGCAACAAGAGCUUCAGAGAGAAUAGCGCGCUCAUAGUCCACCAACGCAUCCACAGUGGUGAGAAGCCGCACAACUGUGAGGUGUGCAACAAGACUUUCAGGCAGAAGUCUGACCUGAAGAGACACCAGCGGGUGCAUUGAUCCCUGCGGGUGGUGCCAGAGGGUGACAGGUGGGAAGGUGCAUGUCCUUCCCUGUAGGGGAGCAGAUGGAGGCCAAGUCCUUCCCAGGAGGCGGCUGCAAGAAGCGGUUUUGGUCCAAGGGGACCAUGCUGGCUCACCAGCGCAUCCACAGCACCCUCCGUCUGCUGACACCUCCACUCCUGUGUCCCCCGAAACUGCUGCUGAGGGUCCUGCAGGGCACUGGGGGCUCUGCUGCAGGGGUGGCUGUGGGGAACAAUCUGUGGGAAUAAACUAAAUAUGAGGAAAAAAGGGAACCCUGAAGUUUUAUGAAUCCUCCCUCCCCUCACAGGCUGAGUACAAGGCAGUUUUCCUUAGAAAGCAAUCAGUGAAGGUGUAACAUGCAGAGGUGCAGCACAGUUUGCAUCGGAAUGGAAUGCAUCGAGGACAUCUUGCCCUGUGAUGUGGGUGCCAGGACAGUUGGGGACAGCCGUGUCCAGCCCCCGCUAUCAGCAAGGAGCCUGGUACCCAAGGACAACGGCCCGUUACUUCCAAGAAGACAAAUUGCAGUCACUGCUCUGACACUCCUGCCCUCCAGCUGACCUGUUCGCUUUACACCAUCACAGCAAUAGCAUUGUAAUACUAAAGCACAGCUCCAUACAGAAGGCUGCCCGCCUCCUCCCCGGCUCUGAGGCAAAGCACUCCCAUAACCACUCCUACUGCGCCUGCGGUCAGGUUUUGGCAUGUGAAGGGAGAACUUUUCCUCCAGCAAUCGGCAGGGUUUGACGUUGUGCCUUCAGUCACUCUCGAUCCACCUAAAACCCUUCCCCAAAAGUGUGAUUAUGAAAAUGAAAACAAAGGGGAAAGUUUUAGGCGGAAAACGUUGAAACUUUUGGGAUCAGCUGAUGGGUUGGACCCCAUCUCCCCUCCCCCUGUUGGGAUGCCAUUGGGGUAAGACCUUAGCGUUAGGCACGCUGAAUAUAGAUCUUAACAACAAGCUAAUUCUUAGCAUCUCUCUCUACUUGACCCCUAACUACAUAUUCCUCACCUGCACAUCGCUCUGAUCCGGGCUCGGGUAUUUGAUUUUCAAUGUAUGUUCCCAAACACCAUCUUCUCCCCAGACACCACCGAACCCUUAUUGAGUCACGAGUCAUUAAAAUAGAAUUGUUAUAAUAAACCUGACUUGUUCACAUGUAGGCAAGGCUCGGGAAUCUUACUGACCAUUAAGGGGGAUUUAGAGGGAGCUUAAUUAACUUCACUUGAAUUCUGAAGAACUGACAACUCUAUCCUCUUGUGAUCGCUGUGCCCCAGGCGUCCUCCAGCCGGCACAGCUCCCUCAGGGCCUUCCCUGUUCACAAACCACAGGUCCAGCGGGCACCUUGCCCCAUCGGGUCACUCGCCAGCUGUGUCAGCAAGUUCUCUUCCACCCACUCCAGGAACCUCCUAGACUGGUUCCUCUCUGCUGCUUUGUGUUUCCAGCAGACAUCCCGUGGACUGAAGUCCCCCAUGAGGAUGAGGGCUGGUGAUGGCGAGGCUCCUCCCAGCUGCUUCUAGAAUAACUCCUCUGCCCCUUCAUCCUGGCCGGGUGGUCUGGAACAGACUCCCACCACGACAUCUGCCUCACUGGCCUUCCCCUGAGUCUUUGCCACAAACCUCCAACCCAGCAUCACAUCACGGAGCUCCAGAGAAGCCAAACACUCCCUAACACACAGGGCCACCCCAGCACCUCUUCCUCCCUGCCGUCUCCGAUGAAGAGUUUGUAGGCAUCGUUGCAGCCCUCUGGCCGUGGGAGUCACCCCACCACGUCUCCGUGAUGGCACUAAGUCAUAGCUCUCCUGCUGCACAACGCCUUCCAGCUCCUCCUGUCUGCUGCCUGUGCCGUGUGCAUCGGCGCAGAGGCCCUUCAGCUGCACUGUCAGCCGUGUCACCUUCUGUGAUGGGGUGCUCCUGCCACCCCCAGACUGACCUUCUCCCGCAAAUCCAGAUGGAGCCAUAACCACCAGUGGGGAUCGAGGUGGUUGGCGACGGCUUCAUCCACAUCCCAGUGACUUUGGGGGAGACAGAUCACAACACAACAGCCAAGGGCCGAACGAUGGCAAUGCACCCACCUGGGUCCGGCUCUGGCCAAACCGGGAAGAAACUGGCCCCCAGCUUGGGGUGUAGAAUAUGAUUGUGAGUCAAUUGCCUUACUCUACCAAAAGUGAGCGGACCCAGUGCCCUUCGAGCUCUCCUGAAACAACAGCGGGAGCACAGCGGGAUCUCCCGGGGAAAACGACACCUCUUGAGGUUUCUCCUCGAGGCUGAGAGAAUCCUUGCUGCAACAGAACCUCAGUGGGUGAACUGGGAAUAGGUGCUCUGAAACUGCGACUUUAGCUCCGAGGUGUAAAGGAGGUGUUGUGCGUAUGUAGUCCUUUAGACAUAACGGCACAGUAAAAAAACUAAGUCUACCCUAAGAGCAAACCUUCUAAGUCACUGUCACAUCUAUUAUCAAGCUUUGUUAAAUCUCUGUUUUAAAUCAAUCAACAGAUUGCUGUUUCCCUCUUAAGAGUGAAGUGCAUCACUCUAUCUCUCCAUUGACAAAAGCACUGCGGGGCCCAGCACGGCCUGGAAGGGGCGACGAUGACGAAGGCCUUGAAUGACGUGUGUGAUGCCAACUGCUCAGGGCAUCCCCAGGGAGCAGCUCAGGAGGAUCCAGCCAAUGUUUAAUUUCAAUUACUCUGAAAUGUGCAUGCUUUGUAAAUUCUUUUCCCCAUUUUAACCCUUUCCUUCCUCGGGUAUUCAAUUCGGAUGGACAGCUUUACCCCAUGGUUGCUCUAUGCUACUGAUUCUCUAACGGCACCUGCCCUGCCUGAUCCCACCUGGAGAUGCUCUCAUGGGCUGAUAGCAGAUCAGCCCCUUUGAGCUAAGUCAGAACACACUCCAGCUGUUCCCAGUCUGUGUCCCACAAGGGCUUUUAACCACACUCAAUCAUUGUUGCAACCAAGAGGACACAGGCAGAAGAAAAUGCAUUUUGCAACCAGCCAAGUCUUGGGGCAAACCCCAAAGUCCCUGUGACUGCAAAAGGGAAGGGUUUGACUUGAACAGCUUCAUCUUGUAGGAAAGAGGGUUUGGUGGGGGUCUAAGGCUCAAAUGAGCUGAGGGACCCCUGGAGUGGGACGGAGGCCCUCGGCUGCUGUCACAGCUUUAUCUCUUUAGGCAAUAGGGUCCCCAUCUCAGGAGGAUCCACACCGUGCCGGUGACGAUGCUUCUCUGGCAGCAGCCCGAGCCGUAGGCAGUGUUGGACGGAGCCAUGGUCGCCACUCGCUCCCAGCUCAUGUGCAGCUGCUCUGGAGGAGCCAGAGGUCGGGGCUCCGAGUGUCCCCCUGCAGCCACCCCUGCAGCAGAGUCCCCGGUGCCCUGCAGGACCCUCAGUGGCAGGUUUGGGGGUGACAGGUUGUGGAGGCGGCUGCAGGCUAGGGGUGCUGGGGGUUCACUGGUGGGCCAGCAUGCUCUCCUCAUCCCAAAAUCAUUUCUUGCAGCUGCCUCACUGGAAGGCCUCUGUCCUCCCCCCCCACAGGGACAGACACCCCUCCUCCUGCUGGCCACCCUCUGGCACUGUCUUGGGGCCCUCAUGCACCCGCUGGUGUCUCUUUAGGUCACACUUCUGGCUGUAGGUCUUGUCACACUCGUCACACUUGUAGGGUUUCUCGCCGGUGUGGCUGUGCUGGUGCUGGAUCAGGUGUUCCUUCUGGCUGAAGCUCUUGCCACAGUUGGAACAGGC